AUGGCGCUCACGCUUCGGCUCACAGCGCUGCGGCCGCUGCUGCUGGUGCUGGCGGUGCUCCUGAUGAGCCUGACCGCGACGACCGCCGCGCAGGACCCUUCCUCCCAGCUCACCAUAUACAACGACUCCAAAAAGUACGCGUACCACGGCUGCUACAACGAGACGACCGAGAUCCCCGGCUCCGACCACACGCGCGCCCUCGGCGGCGGCAUCAACGAGGUCAAGCGCGGCGAGAUGACGGUGCCCAUGUGCCUGGCCUUUUGCUCCAACGGCGACACCCAGUACCGCUACGCGGGGCUCGAGUGGGCGAGGGAGUGCUGGUGCGCGCAGAGCAUCGCCGGCAUCUCGGAGAAGCUCGACGACAAGCAGUGCAACUUCCCCUGCGAGGGCGACAACACCACCGCCUGCGGCGCGUCUCUCAAGCUGUCCGUGUACCGCCUGUCCAGCUCGGCGGGGAGGCUCACCACCGGCUCGGCUCUGCUUGCCUGCGUUGGGGCCGCAUUGGCCGUGGCCUUAUGA